AUGAUAACCCGCUGGACAAUGGCACUUGCUCGAGAAGUUGUUCGAUUGAAUCAUGCACUAACUGAUGUAAAUGAAAAGUUCAUUAGAGAAGAAAUAAAAGCUCAACAAUAUAAAAAUGAAAAUGAUGCAUUACAUGAAAAAUUAGAGACAGCAGAAUUUCAAACAAAUGAACUUCUACAAACUAAUCACAUACUUCGAGAUGAAUUUGAAGCUAUUAAAAAUAAUGUUGGCCAAUUACAAAUAGAUUAUAAUCAAAUGAGACCGACUUGUAUGGAACUUGAACAACAAUUAGAAACAGCUAAACGAAUAAAUGAACAAAUGGAAGAUGAGUUAAUAUUUUAUAAAAAUCAACAAGCUGCUAUGCAUGAUCAUGAAAAUGAACAAUUUUAUAAGAAAGUUCAUGAAAACAUUGAAGAAAAAAAACCAGCUGAUCCAAGUAUCUUUUUUGAUGAUGAUAUUGUCAUAGUUCCGUCAAUUAAACAUUCACCUGAUUCAUAUAAAGAUGCUUUUGAUAAUUCAAAUUAUAGUCCAAUGUACUAUUCUUUUGAUGAAUCAUUACAUUGGGAAAGAAAAAACGCUACACAUGGUUUGAAUAAUGGUGGAAAAAAUUUACUGACAAGUCUUGUGCGUAAAUUUGCAAAUGGAAUGACUAAUAGCACAAAUGACAGAUUCAAUCGAACAUCGACAAGUUGUCUAUUGGCUUCUAUUCCAACAAGAAUAUCAACUUGUUGGGAUUGUACUGAACUUGAAGUAUAUGCUCUUCAAUUUCAACCAUCUGGCUCAAUAUUAGCGACAGGAUGUAGUGAUAAAAUGAUUCAUUUAUGGGAAAUUUCAUUAACUGGUCAACAACGUAAAUAUUGUUCACUUCAAGGUAGUCAUGGAGCAAUCAAUGCACUUGAUUUUGAUAAUGAAGGAUUUCGCCUUUUGGCUGGGUGUUCCGGUAAUAAAGCAUAUAUUUGGUCAUAUGGAGAACAGAGAAUGCUUAAAGAUAUCUAUACCGGUCACGAACGCUUAAUAAAUACUUGUAAAUUUAUUUCGGGAGCAAAACUAGUAACGGGCAGUGCUGAUCGAACAAUUAAAAUAUGGGAUUUACACAAAACUUUAUUCAUUGGAUCAAUAUGUCAUGAUUUAGUAGUGACGGAUGCAACUGGCACAAUAAUAAGUGGUCACUUUGAUAAAAAAAUUCGUAUAUGGGAUCCAUUUACAAAUAGAUGUCGAACUGAAUUAGAAUAUGAUGCAGCAAUUACAUCAUUAUCAUAUAAUGAUGAAAAACAACGAUUACUUGCAUGUUUUAAAAAUGAUACACUUAAAUUGAUUGAUUUAAGACAAAAUAAAACUGUUUAUACAUUUAAGCAUGAUAAUUUUAAAGUAAGCACAGAUACAAAUAAAGCUGUUUUAUCACCCGAUGGUCGUUAUGCUUGUGUUGGUUCUCAUGAUGGUUCUCUAGUCGUAUGGAAUAUGGAAAAUAAACAUUGUGAAAAUGUUUUGAAAAACAAACAUAAUACAAUGGUCACAUCAGUCGCUUGGCAACCUGAUGGAAAAUAUGUUGCAUCUUGUGAAAAACAUCGUCAAGUAAUUCUUUGGACUCAAUCAUAA